UUUGCCGUCCGACUGCUUACCCCACUCUUAAUUUCGAACCAUUUCGCGAAACACUAAUCUUACCAGCGAAGAAUUGGAAAUCUUGGUGCUUCCCUAUCGGCGGUACUGAAAGGGUAUGGGUGCAGAGAGAGGAACGAGGGGGAACGUGUCAGACACGGAAGACGACGACGAGAUGGACGAGGAACCUGGGGAGGUGAUCGAAUCAGCUCCCCCUCUCGAGGUCGGCCAAGAGAGAGAGCUCGGUAAUUCUGGGAUUAAAAAGAAGCUCCUGAAGCGCGGCCGUGGCUGGGAGACCCCCGAAUUUGGCGACGAGGUUGCUGUUCAUUAUGUGGGUACUUUGCUUGACGGGACUAAGUUCGGUUCCACGGGAGAGAGAGAUGAGCCGUUGACUUUGAAGCUUGGUCGAGGUGAGGUGGUGACUGGACUGGAUAAUGGGAUUGUUACCAUGAAAAGAGGGGAAUGUGCAGUGUUCACAUUGCCUCCUGAGUUGGCUUAUGGAGUUGAUGGUGGUAACAAAGUGCCUCCCAAUGCCAUUGUUCAGUUCGAGGUUGAACUUGUUUCGUGGAUCACUGUGGUGGAUGUUUGUAAAGAUGGUGGAAUUAUCAAGAAGAUUAUAGCGAAGGGAGAGACGAAUGAGCAGCCUAGUAAUCUGGAUGAAGUUCUCGUGAGGUACGAAGCGAGGCUUGUUGAUGGCACUAUUGUUGCAAAAACACCAGAGGGAGGAACCGAGUUUUAUGUAAAGGAUGGCCAUCUAUGUCCUGCUUUGCCGAAAGCAAUUUUGACCAUGAGAAGAGGAGAGAGAGUCAAAUUAUUUGUUCAACCUCAGUAUGCUUUUGGAAAUGAGGGGAGGGACUCUAGUAACGGGAUCCAUGAAGUUCCCUCCAAUUCUGUGCUGAAUAUUGAUUUGGAGCUGGUGUCCUUCAAGCCUGUUAUUGAUGUUACUGGUGAUUCCAAGGUUAUUAAGAAAAUUCUGAAAGAGGGGGAAGGUAGUGUGGUUGCAAAUGAUGGUGCAACAGUAACUAUUAGCUAUACUGCUAAGCUAGAAGAUGGUACUCUAUUUGAAAAGAAAGGAGUUGAUGGAGAGCAGCCUUUACAGUUUGUUACUGAUGAAGAACAAGUGAUUGCUGGUUUAGACCGAGCUGCAGCUACAAUGAAGAAGGGGGAGAAGGCAAUAUUAACCAUAAAUCCUGAAUAUGGUUUCGGAAGUACUGAGGUGCAGCGUGAGCGUGCUGCUGUCCCAUCACAUUCAAACUUAGUCUAUGAAGUUGAAAUGCUAAACUUUAUCAAGGAGAAAACACAUUGGGAGAUAAAUAAUCAGGAGAAAAUUGAGGCUGCUGGGAGAAUUAAAGAAGAAGGAAACCUGCUUUUUAAAAGUGAGAAGUAUCAGCGAGCAGUGAAGAAAUAUGAUAAGGCUGCUGACUAUGUUAGUGAAGAUGGCUCAUUUGGGGAUGACGAAUUGAAGCAAGUAAAAGCUUUACGAGUAUCCUGCUGGUUGAAUGGUGCAGCUUGUAGUCUCAAACUGAAGGACUUCAGAGAAGCAAUUAAAUUAUGUUCAAGGGUGCUGGAUAUUGAGUUCUACAAUGUGAAAGCUUUAUAUAGGCGGGCACAGGCGUAUAUGGAAACUUCAGAUUUGGUUUCUGCAGAAUUGGAUAUCAAGAAAGCUCUUGAGGCUGAUCCUCAAAACAGGGAGGUGAAGUCAAUCCAGAGGACAUUGAAACAACUUCAAGCUGAGAGCAACAAGAGAGAUGCCAAGCUGUAUAGAAAUAUGUUUGCAUGUCUGACAAAAGAUUCAUCCCAGGAGUUGAAGAAAUUGAAGAUUGAGAAAGGUGAGGAUGAAAAGAGAGUAGAAGAGUCCGGGACGGAGAUGGAAACAGAAGACUGCUGCUAAUUUGUUGAAGGGAAUCUAACAAUGGUGAAUAGGAUCUUAACUCCUGUUUAAAACAUUUAUAUAUGUUCACCAAACAUGUAUAGCUAAUUAUCUAUACAUUGUUACACACCCAAAGUAUCUCAGCAAUAAAACGGUGAGUAGCAGUUGUGGUAGACUCAGUCAGCAAGUAGUUAAAGCCAUUAUUCGAUUUUCAGCAAGCAGUUGAAGUCAUUAUCCUAUUUUCUAAUUUCAUGAUCUUGUUCCAUUAUCCUUAAUGCCUAAAAGUAGGAAUUAGCAGUUGUAUUUUUAUUGUAUUUAAACUUUUCUUAAGCAGCAAUGAAGGUGGCAAUUAUUGAAUAUAAAA